UCACAUCUACUCACAUAUUGGAAGGAGGAGGAGGAGGAGGAGGAGGAGGAGGAGGAGGAGGGAGCCUGCAGCUGGUGUUGCAGGUGCCGUCAUAAACGACAUGGCCACCGCGCGGUUCCCUGGGAAGAGUGCGGACGUGGAUGCCAACUGGACGGCUCUGGCUCUAGGCCGGCCGGUGUGUGUCAACGGGACCCCGUGGAUCCUCUACCUGUUGGAGGAGUGUGUGGAGAAUGUGUGGGAGUACUGCAGCGUGGUGAUCGGUCUCGUGUCCAUGUUCUGCUUCCUGCUGUCCACUCUGCCGCAGUUCUAUGAGGCCUAUCGGAACGGUAAAGUGGAAGAGGCCAUGUCUUUCGGCUUUCUCUUCUUCCUCUUCAGUGGAGAUUUGACCAGCUUUGCAGGCUGCUACCUCACCAGCCAGCUGCCCAUUCAGGUAGUCACGGUGGUGUUCUACAUCUUCACUGACCUGAUUCUCAUUUCCCAGUUUCUCUACUAUAAGAUCAAGAACAGCUCCAGCAGAAAAAGCCCUGUGUUGAAGUGGCUGUGCUUCAUGUGGUGUGGCGCUGCUACGUUAGUUCUCCUGGCUUUACCCAAACUCAUCGUAGACAAUAGUGCAUCUUUAGACACCCAGAGUCCAGCUACCUCUAAAUCGGUGGAAAUCACCGGCUACAUAUGUGGAUACCUAGCAUCUAUAUUCUACCUCAGCUCCCGUUUCCCCCAACUUUAUAAAAAUUUCCAGCGACAGUCUACGGAGGGCACCUCUUACCUGCUGUUUGCCCUGGCCAUGAUGGGCAAUGGGACAUAUGGGGUUAGCGUCAUCGUGGUGCUGCCUGCACUGAAGGGCUCCAAACAGACCUUCAUCAUCAAACAUCUGGCCUGGCUCAUCGGCAGCCUGGGAGUCCUCAUACUUGACUUCUUUGUGACCGCCCAGUUCAUCAUGUACAGGAAGAACCACUCGGCCAAAGGCAGCACGCUACUUAGCGUCCCAGAGGUGGAGCCUCUGCUGUGUGAGGAAGUGGAGCUGUCAGUGUUGUAGGACACUGAAUGGACGCCAGGGUGUCCCACGCACGUCAGGAAUGGACUGCUCAGUCCACGAUUUGUUUUUAGAUCCUUCUGUGGUGAUGAUUCACUCGUUCCACCGUCAGAGAACGGAGGAGACGUUGCAGAAGCAUUGUUCCAGCAGCCAUGUUGUGAUACCAGCAGGCAAUUCCAGCGCGCCUUUAUAGUCAUAAUUGUAUGCCGUUAAGAUGAUCAACUUUUGUGUGCUUUACUGUGGCAGCAGGACAGAAAAUGCCAACAGUACCAUUUUAGAGACAUUUCUGUCUGUUUCUCUCGAGGCAGGUGAGUAAGCAUCAGUGAAAUAUUUUACGGGCAUUUUUUAUACAUUUCCCCACUGGUAUUACUUGAUUUUUUUGUUUUGGAUGGAAUAACCGCAUUGUUUUUAUUGGCCAUUGGGGACCAAACACGCACAGAGGAGGUGCCAGACGUCUCUUAACAAACGCAAGCUUUAUGGAAGAAUGAAGUGCCUGUUAUAUUCACACAUUUUUGGACAGGGUAAUACACACUGCUGUGGAGGAUUGCAAUAUUAUGCAUGGUCAAUUUAUUACCUGAUUGGGUAUUCGAGUGCCAUAAAAUACAGAGUGUGUGUGAGCACAGUAACGGAGGAACCAACAGUGAUGGUUUUUCUGUGAACCUGGCAGAUUGUGUGAUUUUUAAGGUUUUUUUUUCUUCCUGGAUUUGUCAACGUUCUAGUUUGCCUGACAUUUAUUUAGCCAGAUGUAUUCGUAGCAGCAGGGGGGCGGGCCAUCCCUCCACCUGAAACACGCUCAUGUGUGUAAUGACCUAAUUUCUAUUUCAAAGGGAUUUUGUAUUUUAAUGCUUUCUUGUUCCAAGCUUUUUUUUUUCCUCGAGAAACACACUCGUGCCUUUAACAUAAAUUAAAUACAGUCUUAAUAUAAAUGUUCUAUAUAUAUAUAUAUAUAUAUAUAUAUAUAUAUAUAUAUAUAUAUAUAUA